AUGGCCCCAAAAACGGGCCCCGAUACCAUUGAUAUACCGGACGUCGACUUUCCGCCACCGAUGCGAGAUUUCCCCAGGCCGCAGCAGGUCUCCUUCAAGAUGGAUGAGAUGAUGCCACUGACCCCAUCUCAAGAAAAGGAAAUCGAGCAAUGCCUGCAGCUGGGAAUUCCGCGAUCCGAGGCUAUCCGCAUAUUUCAUAAAGUGCGAGGUCAACGGAUCGCCCCUCGAGAAGGAGAAAUAGCCGGGGAUAUUGCUGAGAAAUGGUUCUCCGGUGAUCAACAAGUACAAGAAACACAGACACCAAGGACCCCUGGCGUUGAUAGCUGUGCGAACAAAGAGGACGCCGAGCUGCAAUUGGCGAUUGAGGCAUCGCGAGAACAGUCUAUUAUUGACCCCAGUGACAAGGAGAAGAUCGAUCUCAACAAGGCAAUCGAGAGUUCUCUACAAGAUAGUGAUCUAUCGAGAAGUCGCUAUGAGGCAUCUCUACCCGACGAUCCACACGAAUUGAUUAGAAAGGAGCCGAUGACUGGCCUUUACAAUAUCGGGAAUACGUGCUGGUUCAACAGCCUUGUCCAUUUGUUGUUUCAAUUGCCCGCGUUGAGAAGGUUACUGUACGUAUCUUCCCCUCCAGAGCCCCCAGGGCCACUAUCUCGUGAAGAAACGGCUUCUCGUCGGAUUCUACUUUCGCUACGACGCCUUUUUGCCCAGAUGGAGGCCACGCAACGAUCUUAUAUCGACCCAACGGAAGCGGUGGAAGCCGUGGCGUACGCGAAGAAACAAGUCGAGGGCCACUGUAUCAUCGGACAACAACAAGAUGCCGUUGAACUGCUUCUUCAAGUGGUUCAAUGGCUGGAUCAAGCAAUGGCAAGACAUCAUCGUCCUCAUCAUGGACCCGAUCAACUACCCGAGAUUGUUGAUGCUCCGCUGACCCCUCCACCCAUACCACCCACUAUUAUGGAACUUCCGGUAUCUGCCACCCCUUCAGAAUGUGAGAUGGAUACAUCGGCACCCGGGCAGGCGGCUACUAGCUGCCCGGAUCUGAUCGAUUUCGCCCGUCCAGAACUUCCAAGGCGAGAACGACUGCGUACGGUUUCUUCUGGACAACUCCCACAACCAGAAUCUCCAUUCGAACCGCUUUUCUACGGGCAAACCGUCUCGCACAAGGCUUCAGAAGAUAUCGCCUCCUCCUCGCGUACCCCGGCCACCCUGCAAGUCUGGAAUCUGGCCGUUUGUUAUGAAGAUUUACACGACGCGCUCGAGGCUGCUCAUCUACCCAGUGAUGGCGCACAAUUAUGGUGUGACAAAUUGCCGGCGGUGCUCUUCUUCAACCCAAAUCGAUUCCAAUACAAGGAUGGGCGGCUGUCAAAGCUCCACAAUGAAUUCCUGUUUCCGGAUACGAUUUAUAUGGACAGAUACUACCUCCGGAAUCGAUUACGUGUGCUCGCCCUUCACGAAGAGCGGAUGAGACAACGAGAACAAUUGGCCGAUAUUAGAGCACAAUUGAAGGGAUUCGACGAAUUCCCGCUUGGAAAAAGCAACAAUCACCAAGCGGAACUGGCGGAUGUAUUGCGGGGAAUGCGGGAAUUCAUCAAUCCCUCUGAAGAACAACCCACUUCUUCUUCUUCGGCUUCAUUUUCUGUUCGACAAGACGAUAGUGAGGCAAUGGAGACAUCAACAUGUGAUCUCUCCACUAAAGGACUCAAUGAUGAUACUUCCCCUGUGAUAUUGGGACCAUGUCUUGGCCCUCUCAAUCGAGAAUCACCAUACGAAAAGGAGGUGUCUUCAAAAGCGUCAUUUGUGCCGGAUCGGCCGAAAAGAGUCCCGAAAGCACGAUUGACAGAGGAGCUGAGAUCCCAGAUGGCCAUACAAUUGGAGGAGCUGUUGGCGCAGACGUUGACCGAGAAAGAUGAACUAACGGCUGCUGCUGGAAGAUUAGAGGCAGAAAUCGCUGGCACCUACGAUAUGGACCCGGAAUUGCAUCGAGAGGGCUACUCCCUGCACUAUGUCAUCAUCCAUCAAGGAGAAGCCACCGCUGGCCAUUAUUGGGCAUAUGUUAGGGAUAGGACUACUGAAAAUGGUUGGGUGAAGCUGAAUGAUCGUCGAAUCGAGCGUACCACCCGGGAAGCGAUGAUCGAUGAUGCGAUUGGUGGAAAGUCCCGUACUUCAUCGGCCUAUUGUUUUGUGUAUGUGAGGGAUGAUGCGCAUUGGCUAUUCCAACAAGGUGACGCUGGCCUCCCAGCCGAACUUCGCCCAGAUGUUGACAAACAAAACGAAGAACUCGAGCGGAUGAUUGUCGAUUUUGAGCGGAAAAAGGAAGUGGCCCAGAAAGCAGGAAAUAUCGUGUGGCCACUCCUCUCUGAUCCCCAUCAUUUGGCCACUGAUUUAUGUCUCGAUGUCGAAAUACCACACAGCGACAAACAAUUGACAAGGAUUAUUAAUCAGGCUCGAGAAAUGGACCGUCUAGUCGAAGCGUACUGCCCUCGGGAACUCGAGCAGCUUUGUCAAGAUCGAUAUGCGGCCUUUUAUCAGGAAUUGAUACGCGGCGUUGUUGGAGAGGCCUUCCAACAGUUGCCAAUCUCUUCGGGGGCUGAUGUGCAGUCUGUUUAUCAUAAGUUAAUAACGGACUGGCCAGCUUUGGUAGAACGUGUCCGGCCGAAAGAAGUCCCAUUUGACCCGAGGCAUAAUCCUUUUGACUGGCAACAAUCCCUGGGGAAGAAAAUCCCGGCCAAAGUCGCUCAACUCGCCAUCACUCUAUGCCUUGAAUAUGCCGCUGACAACACGGCCCUCCGCGCGUUUGCCAACCAGAAACUGAUCGCUUUCCGUACUGUUGAGGGUGCAAUAGAAGUAGAACAACAGACAUGGCGACUAUGGGAGAAGAGUGUCAUUCAUUUAUUCUUCUGGAAUGCCCUUCAUCAUUCUAUUCAAUUUAUUCAUCGACCAUUCUACGAGACUGGGCCACAAUUUCACCUGGGAAUGGAUCCUCUACUGGCUGCCCAUCAAGUCGGUUAUUCAAUUGGGAGGACAUUGGAGAUCUUUCAAUAUCUCCUCCAGUUUAUUGAUGGCGAUUUUAACAAUCCGUUGGAUGAAAUGUGGGCGAAGAUCAUCCCCCACUGGCAGCUCAUCUCCAUCUCCUGCAUCGCCAUCUUGAACCUGUCGACCCGGCUGCUCGAGCGUCUUCGUGCCCUCCCUCGAGCAGAUAACGUUCACGAUGCGGUGUUUCUCUAUCUGUUGAUCUGUCUCUCAAAAUGGGCCAAAGGAGGAGAUCCCACUGCCAGAUUGGUGAAGGGCGAGAUCGAGUUGCAUUGGGUAUAUAUGGAACAAGUAUUGCAUGGAUUGGAUGUCGAUGGCGAUACUAUUAUUUAUACUUCGACAGUGAUGGCCCUUCUGAACGAGCGAACAACAGUCCCGGAUCGAUUGCCCCAUUCUGAAGUGCUUGUCGUUGAUCUCAGCCAUCCUGAUAUGCGAAGCCAUAUCGACGUCAUCAAUCACACAAUCCAUCAGAUUGGAUUUAAUGAUGAGAAGCAUUGCCGUGACGCCGUCGCUGAUCAUCUCCGGUUCUGCACCGAAUUGAUGGCUCGGCUCGUUCAGAAUGAUGUGGCUACA